AUAUAUGUAUUAGGUUAAUUGAACGUCAAUCGGUAUUUUAUAUAUAUAUAAAUACAUGUAUUUAUAAUUAAUAUUUUUCCUUCUCUAAAAUGUGGUUUAAUAAAGUAUCCAAUCAGUUUCUCAGAUGUCAACGAAUUUUGUUCAGAAAACGAUCUACACAAAGUUAUGUAGAUCCACUACAGGAAAUUCCAGAACCUGAAUAUAAUAUAAACUUUGUAUGUAACCCAUCAAAUCGUGAUACCAUUUUUAAUAAUAUAUUGGCAAGGAAAGGUGUUGGAGAUAUUGAUAAAGUUCUUGAGUUGUCAGGAAAACCGGAACUAAAGGAAUCUUUUUUACAAGAAUUAAGCAAAAUUCCAAAUCAAACAGAUCCAGCAAUAUUAUCUUAUGGGGAUAAACCACAUUUAAUAAAGGAAUGUGGACAAAAACCCGAAUUUGAUUUUGAACCAGAAGAAUUUAAGAAAUUAGUUACAAAAUUAAAAUUAUUUAGAUCACAAAAUUUAGGUCCCAUAAUAGGACAAAGAGGAUAUAUAUUUGUAGGAGACUUGGCAGAAUUAGAAGAAGCAUUAGUUUGUUACACACUUAAUAAAUUAAUAAAAUAUGGCUUCAAACUUGUUUCAGUACCUGAUAUUAUUCCUACUAAAAUUAUAGAGAGGUGUGGAUUAAUAUCAGAUAAUAAACGAACUCUAAUAUAUAAUUUAGAUUCUUCUUAUGGAGAUAAUUAUAGUUUGUCUGGAACAGCAGAAAUGUCAUUAGCAUAUAAAGUAAUGAAUAAUACAUUUUGCAUUGAAGAUUUGCCAUUAAAACUAGCUGCUGUAAGCAGAUGUUUUAGAGCAGAAACAUCUCGUAUCAUGGAAGAAAGAGGAAUAUAUAGGGUUCAUCAAUUUACAAAAGUUGAAAUGUUUGUGUGUUCUGAGCAAGAAAAAUCCAAAGAACAAUUUCAAGAGCUUCUGACAAUUCAAGAAGAUUUAUUUUCUUCUUUAAAUUUACAUUUUCAAGUGAUUGACAUGCCAUCACAUGAUUUAGGAUCUCCAGCAUAUAGGAAAGUUGAUAUGGAAGGUUGGAUGCCUGGAAAGAAAUUCUAUGGAGAAUUAUCUAGUUGUAGUAACUGUACAGAUUAUCAGUCACGACGACUUAACAUAAAAUAUAAAGCGAAGAACGGAGAAUUCUUACAUGUUCAUACUUUAAAUGGAACCGGAUGCGCGGUUCCCCGAAUGUUAAUAGCUCUUUGCGAAACAUAUCAAACAAAACGUGGUCAUAUUAGAGUUCCUGAAAUUUUAGUACCUUACAUGAGAGGGAAAACGUUAAUUAAAAUACAACCAGUUGCCGACAUGAGAACGAACAAAUACAAGUUUAAACAUUAAUGUAUUGUAUAUAUCUUGUUCUAAAAUAUAUAUAAAACUUCUACAAAUAUCUAGAGUAUUUAAAGUAUAAUUGAUUUUUUUUAAGUACGAGAGUAUCUAAUAUAUAAUGUUAGAAAAUUUUAACUUAUUUUUCAAAUUACAAAGUUAACAUAUUUUUUAUUAUAAAAA